AUGUCUGUAAUAGUGAGUACUCUCUUUCCCCCUCCCUGUCUCCCCAGCUCCCAGCCACCAUGGUGGCAGUGCAAAGCUACUGUGAGGCCAGCGCUUCCAUCUCCGAAGCCUGGCUGGAGGGCGGCAUCUCACCCUGCUUCUACUUCACCCUGGUGCCCACCGUCCUGCUUACCCUCUCCUUCUUCUUCGGCACCUUCCACUGCGUCUGCUACCGCCGCUACGGCACCGAGAUGGAGCCCAAGUUCAUACCGCGCUCGCGCCUCUAUGGCCUCCAACUGGCAGUCUCCCUGCUCCUCCUGCUGCAGUUCCUGGGGGGGCUGGUGUGGAGGGCGACUGGUGGAGGCGGGGUAGGGGAACUCCCUGGCUACGUGGUGCUGUACGGCUGCCUGUCCAUGCUGGGCUGGGUCUGGGCCGUGGCCCUGCUAAGGCUGGAGAGGAGGAGGGUUCUGGUGAGGGACCGGACGCGGGGCCACAGCACGGUGCUGCUGCUCUUCUGGGCUGUGGCAUUCUCGGCGGAGAACCUGGCCUUCGUCUCCUGGGCCAGCCCCUACUGGUGGUGGGGCCUGGAGAACACACAGAAGCAGGUGAGAGAGGAGGGGUAUGUUCAGGAAGGUGUAACAUUUUAGAAUGUCCUCAGUCUACAAAUUACUCAGAGAGGCACGUCUAUUAUACAUUAUUUAUUUAUAUCUGAACGUUGCACAAUGUUUGCCUACUGAACGUGGCACUGGAGUCAUUUCAGGGGAGUGUAGCAUUACAGGACCUUCAGAUAGAAGUAUAUUGUUGUAGAACAAACGUUUAAUUGUCAGGUUAAGCUGGAAAUGGUGUUAGAUCGUUUCAUUGCCUUUCUAUCUGCAUCGUUACAAAUGUUUCACCUCUUUGAAUUAACCCCACAGCUCAACCCUCAGUGAGGAUGAACUGCCAUCCCACUCCAUAGUUUCAUUGAGGUUGUUCAAACGUUGACAUAUAAUGUUGCUUGAUAUUAGUAUUAAACUUAGUUUCAACACUCCAUUACACAAGUGUAGUAGUGGGCUUUAUAAAAAAGUAAGUUAGUCUGCUCAUAGGGUGUGAUAUCCAUGUAAAUGGGACACAUAGGCUAGAUUUAAAAUGGUUCUUAUCAAGUACCUACUUAAUAACCUCUAAAGCCCUUAUUCAUCAUGAGUGUUGUGAUUUUUUUUUUUUUAACAAUCUAUUACAAAGCAGUUUCUCACAUUAAAACUGCUAAAAUAGAAACUGGUUUUCCAACCAUUAAACAGCAGUGGAAGGGGGAGAAGCCAUGAUCAUUAGUCAGCUAUGAGUAACUCUUGAAGUGCUGAGUCACUGUCCCAUCUUGCCCUUCCACAUUCCUCUCCCUCUGGCCACUCCCCCAAAUAAAUAUAAAUAUAUAUAUAUAUAUAUAUAUAUAUAUAUAAGACAACAAUUUCAACGAUUGUACUGAGUUACAGUUCAUAUAAGGAAAUCGGUCAAUUGAAAUAAAUUCAUUAGGCCCUAAUCUAUGGAUUUCACAUGACUAGGCCACCCACUGGGGAGCCAGGCCCAGCUAAUCAGAAUGAGUUUUUCCCCACAAAAGGGAUUUAUUAAAGACAGAAAUACUCCUCAGUUUCAUCAGCUGUCUGGGUGGCUGGUCUCAGAUGAUCCCGCAGGUAAAGAAGCCGGAUGUGGAGGUCCUGGGCUGGGUGGUUACACGUGGCUGCGGUUGUGAGGCCGGUUGGACGUAGUGCCAAAUUCUCAAAAACAAAAUGUUUGGUAGAGAAAUAAACAUUACAUUCUCUGGCAACAGUUCUGGUGGACAUUCCUGCAGUCAGCAUGCCAAUUGCACGCUCCUUCAAAAUCUGUAGCAUUGUGUUGUGUGACAACUACACGUUUUAGUGUGGCCUUUUAUUGUACCCAGCACAUGGUGCACCUAUGUAAUGAUCAUGCCGUUUAAUCAGCUUCUUGAUAUGCCACACCUGUCAGGUAGAUGGAUUGUCUUGCCAAAGGAGAAAUACUCACUAACAGGGAUGUAAACAAAUUUGUGCACAACAUUUGAGAGAAAUAAGCUUUUUGUCCAUAUGGAACAUUUCUGGGAUCUUUUAUUUCAGUUCAUGAAACAUGGGACCAACAUUUUAUCAAUCAAUCAAAUGUAUUUAUAAAGCCCUUUUUACUUCAGCAGAUGUCACAAAGUGCUAUACAGAAACCCAGCCUAAAACCCCAAACAGCAAGCAAUGCAGAUGUAGAAGCACAGUGGCUAGGAAAAACUCCCUAGAAAGGCAGAAACCUAGAGAGGAACCAGGGCUCUGGCUGUGCCGGGUGGAGAUUAUAGCAGUACAUGGCCAUUAAGGCCAGAUUUUUCUCCAAGAUGUUCAAACGUUCAUAGAUGACCAGCAGGGUCAAAUAAUAAUCACAGUGGUUGUAGAGUUUGCAACAGGUCAGUACAUCUGGAGUAAAUGUCACUUGGCUUUUUUUUUGUUCAGUAUUAUGUAUACAGUGCCUUCAGAAAGUAUUCAGACUCCUUGACUUUUUCCACAUUUUGUUACGGUACAGCCUUAUUCUAAAAUUUAUUAACUGGAUUAAAAAGCAAUCUACACACAAUACCCGAUAAUGACAAAGCGAAAAACAGGUAUUUCGAAAAAUUACAAACAGAAAAAUACCUUAUUUACAUAAGCAUUCAGACACUUUGCUAUGAGACUCAGGUCCAUCCUGUUUCCAGUGAUCAUCCUUGAGAUGUUUCUACAACUAGAUUGGAGUCUACCUGUGGAAAAUUCAAUUGAUCGGACAUGAUUUGGAAAGGCACACACCUGUCUAUAUAAGGUCCUACAGUUGACAGUGCAUGUCAGAGCAAAAACCAAGCCAUGAGGUCAAAGGAAUUGUCCGUAGAGUUCCGAGACAGAAUUGUGUCGAGGCAGAGAUCUGGGGAAGGGGACAAAAAAUGUCUGCAGCAUUGAAGGUCCCCAAGAACACAGUGGCCUCCAUCAUUCUUAAAUGGAAGACAUUUGGAACCACCAAGACUCUUCCUAGAGGUGGCUGCCCGGCCAAACUGAGCAAUCGGGGGAGAAGGGCCUUGGUCAGGGAAGUGACCAAGAACCCAAUGGUCACUUUGACAGAGCUCUAGAGACAGAGCUCUAGAGUUCCUAUGUGGAGAUGGGAGAACCUUCCAGAAGGACAACCAUCUCUGCAGCACUCCACCAAUCAGGUAUGGUAGAGUGGCAAGACGGAAACCACUCCUCAGUAAAAGGCACAUGACAGCCCACUUGGAGUUUGCCAAAAGGCACCUAAAGACUCUCAGACUAUGAGAAACAAGAUUCUCUGGUCUGAUGAAACCAAGAUUGAACUCUUUAGCCUGAAUGCCAAGCGUCAUGUCUGGAGGCAACGUGGCACCAAACCCUUACGGUGAAGCAUUGUGGUGGCAGCAUCAUGCUGUGGGGAUGUUUUCAGCGGCAGGGACUGGGAGACUAGUCAGGAUUGAGGCAAAGCUGAACGGAGCAAAGUACAGAGAGAUUCUUAAUGAAACCUGCUCCAGAGUGCUCAGGACCUCGGACUGGGGCGAGUUUCACCUUCCAACAGGACAAUGACCCUAAGCACACAGCCAAGACAACGCAGGAGUGGCUUCGGGACAAAUCUCUGAAUGUCCUUGAGUGGCCCAGCCAGAGCCUUGACUUGAACCCGAUCAAACAUCUCUGGAGAGACCUGAAAAUAGCUGUGCAGCAACACUCCCCAUCCAACCUGACAGAGCUUGAGAGGAUCUGCAGAGAAGAAUGGGAGAACCUCCCCAAAUACAGGUGUGCCAAGCUUGUAGCUUCAUACCCAAGAAGACUCGAGGCUGUAAUCGCUGCCAAAGGUGCUUCCACAAAGUACUGAGUAAAGGGUCUGAAUACUUAUGUAAAUGUGAUAUUUCUGUUUUUUAUAUUUAAUAAAUUAGCAACAAUUUCUAAAAACAUGUUUUAGCUUUGUCAUUAUGGGGUAUUGUGUGUAGAUUGAUGAGGGGAAAAAACAAUGUAAUCAAUUUUAGAAUAAGGCUGUAACCUAACAAAAUGUGGAAAGAGUCAAGGGGUCUGAAUUCUUUCCAAAAGUGUAUAUAUAUGUAUGUAUGUAUGUAUGUAUGUAUGUAUGUAUGUAUGUAUGUAUGUAUGUAUGUAUGUAUGUAUGUAUGUAUGUAUGUAUGUAUGUAUGUAUGUAUGUAUGUAUGUAUGUAUGUGUAAACUGUAUAUAGAUAUCCUAGCCUACCUCUUUCAGGUAAUACAUUCAAUGCAGUAUUAGCCUUAUAUUUAGCGAAUUAAUGAUGGGUUAUGCAUAUAAGCAUCUAACUUAUAGCCUAUGUCUCUUGCGUAAUACGCACGCACCUGUGCACCGCUGGCCUCUACUUAAAAAACUCUCCUUAGCUUUUGGAGUCCCAUGCAGGAAAAGCUAGACUAGAAUAGCUUGAUGGACAUUAUAGAACUCACGGGUAGUUUGAAAGAAGAGCGAACAUGCGAUGGCAGUAGGCUAUAUCAGUUAUUUAUUCAGACCCAUAACCAUUCAAUCUUCGUGAAGAGAAGUGAAAGCCUUCUGCAUCUAAUUCUAGUCCUAUAUUAUUUAAGGAUGUCAUUAGAAUGAUGAAGAUAAGGACAACUGUUGAAAGCGAGGAAGGAAUGAAGCAACAAAAGGAGAUGAGGUAGGCUAAUAACAUUAGGGGAAAUAUUAUGAAAGGUAUAUAUGUGUUAGCCUACUAACUUUACAAAUAGGCCUUAUUAUAUUUCAAAGUUAAAAUCAUAUUCACUAGCCUAUAGGCUACUUGUAACUUUGUAGGCCGCAUGUGCUGCACCAGAAUUGCAUGCUAUCUCCCUGCUUUAUCAUGGCUUGAACGAUGUGCGUAAUUUCAGUCCAUAUAAUACAGUAUAAUACAGUACAGUAAUACAUUUCACACUCAAUGAUUAGCAUGCUGGAGCUAGUUUAAUUUAUUUACUGAAGAGAGCAUAUGGCUAGCUACAACUAUGGGCUUUUAUGUUUUUCUGUCUUGCGUAAUGUGCAGUAGCCUAUAUCAUAUACUGUAUGUAUUGGAUAACGGCACAAUCAUUUGGGCUUUUUUGGGCUUGGGCUCAUUAAAUGUAUUUUUAAUGUAGGGCUCAUAAAAUGUAUUUAAUGUAUGGCUCAUCAGGCUCAGGUAGCUUCAGGCUUGAAUUUUAGAUCAAAGCUCUAGUCAAAUCCAGACAUAGGCCUAUUUAUAUGCUUUAUACUGCUUUUGAUGGGCACUUCCGGUUUUGGCGGGAAAUACCGUGUUACCCGGGAGAAAAGUGAUUUAUUCUCGGGAUGGAACAUUUGUAAAAUACCAGGAAAAUAUUCAACCCUAGUCGUUAUACCACAAUGUAUAUUACACAGUCCACUGUUUACUUUGUGUUGUAAUGUGUAGAGUAGUUUACUCUAUACAGUCACUGUCUGUGUCCCAUUGGGAUUGAAUUAACAGUGCACUAAUGGACAACAUACUAAAAUAUAGUUUUUGAGUGUAGUAUUCCUUUAAAGGAUCAAUCUUCAGUUGCUGCAUCACAUUUUUGGACUUAUAAAUCAUUCACUGUAUGUGACCUAGGUUUUUCAGUCUUAUGUUCCGAAAUUAUUUAUUUUUUCUACAUUGGAUAAAAGUACUGACUCAGAGCUUCAAAAUUGUGUACAAUGCCCUUGAAUGCACAUGAAUGUUUUGGUACACCUACUAAAGAGCUCUUCUUUGUUUACACCUAUUCAGCAGUGUUCACACCCUCUUAAGCCUUAGCCCCACCCAUCUCUUUAAGGAUUCACAUGUAAGGCCAUGUGCUAAACAGAGUGAGUAAGGUAGUAAACAACCAAAGAUUUCAAGACUUAAAACUUUCUGAUUGAUUCUUGAAGAAUAUAACUUAAAAUGCCUCAUAAGCUUAGUUCAGCUUUCACACCCCAUCAGAACCCAAAAUAUAAGCUUGUUUUACUCCAAUGGUUGGUAACAUUGUAAAUGUUAACAAACACUGUAUAGCCUCAAAGCAUGAUUUAAAACUAUAAUUUUUAUAUUAUGGAUGGUCAGUCCUUGCACACAUAGCUUGGUCUAUGAAUUUGAGUGGUUUCAUUUCUCCAGGCACAUCCCUCAACUUUUUACCAAAACAGGCAGGGUGCCCACUUUGUUAUUGUUUCAACUGCGGAUUGCCCCUUUAAAGGUUCAGUUAUGACUAAGCAUUUUUCAUUCAUUACCUGAGGUGGAGUUUUCUCUGUGGUUGAUGCGCUACCUCGGCACAGGAACACUCUUCUUCCUGGGCCUGAAGGCUCCGGGGUUGCCACAGAGACCAUACAUGCUCCUGAUCAACGAGGACGAACGUGAUGUGGAGGGCGGCACUGGCCAGGUAACCUAUAAUCACAUCCCUUAUGUGUGUAUAAUAUCCAAUGACUGUAUAAAUAAGAAUGUAUCCUGAUUCAGUUUGUGUGUGUAAGUUUGUAAUGUGUGUCUGUCUGCAUAGCAUAGUAGGUGUGCUAUGCCACCAUGUCCCAUAAUAACCCCUAUCUCUAUCUCUACCUCAGCCCCUGUUGGAUGGUGCGGAGGAGUCCCAGUCUACCUGGCAGGGGUUUGGGCAGAAGGUGCGUCUGCUGGUGCCCUACAUGUGGCCCCGGGGCAAUGUUCUACUACAGGGCCUGGUGCUGCUCUGCCUGUGCCUGCUUGGCGUGGAGAGGGUCAUCAACGUCUUUGUGCCCAUCUACUACAAGAACAUCGGUGAGAGAUCCUCCCUCAUUUCUGAAUGUCUGCCCUAGAACCAGCUUUUUUCUGAACACCUUUUAUUAUUAAAAUUUUUUGAAGGCUUUGUGAUAUCAUUGAGGCUGACAUCUGAAUAUCUACCCAGCACAACUGCAGAAAAGAUGACCUGGAACUGUCAUUCCUUUCUCUGUCACAGUGAAUGAGCUGACUGAUGGAAGCAGCUGGAAGACCUUGGUCACCACUGUGUGUCUCUACGUCCUGCUCAAGUUCCUGCAAGGUGGAGGGGCAGGUGAGUGGGACUUAAACCCCAUAUUUUCUUUCUCUACCACUUUACCCAUUCCUUGGACUCCUUGAGUGCUGUUAUUUUAAUUAUCUCUCUUGUUUCCUCGGUCUCUAUCACUCCUCUCCCCUUUCGCCUUCCCUUUCUCUCUCCCCAACCACGCUCUCCCCCUUCCCCUCCACUUUCUUUCUCCUUUCUUUCCUAGGUGCCUCUGGCUUCAUCAGUAACAUACGCUCCUUCCUGUGGAUCCGCGUGCAGCAGUACACCAACCGGGUGGUGCAGGUGCGUCUGUUCGGCCACCUGCACUCGCUGUCGAUGCGCUGGCACCUGGGCCGGCGCACCGGGGACGUCCUGCGCAGCAUCGACCGCGGCACCGCCUCCAUCAACAGCCUGCUCAGGUGAGUCUCCUAAUAAUAAAUUGUGUGUGUGUCAAUGAGUACGUUUACAUGCACACUAAUAAUUCGAUAUUAAACUGAUUAUGGCAGUAGGCCGAGUAUGACAAUAGUCAUGUAAACACCUUACUCUGCUUAUCUUAAAAGGUCAAAAUCGAAGUAAGCAUACGCCGAUUAAAACACCUGAUUUUCUGAGCAGUCUUUUGAAUUAUUAGGACAUAUAAACCGCUUAAUCGGCGUUCCAGCAGUGAAUUUGAUCUGCGCAUGUGCCAGAAUCAGUGGCACAAGCCUCCCUCUUAUUCGCGAGUGAAGUGAGUUCGGAAAACCUGAAAGUAGAAGAAAUAGCUUUUACAUAUAGUUGAAGUCGGAAGUUUACAUACACCUUAGCCAAAUACAUUUAAACUCAGUUUUUCACAAUUCCUGACAUUUAAUCCUAGUAAAAAUUCCCUGUCUUAGGUCAGUUAGGAUCACCACUUUAUUUUAAGAAUGUGAAAUGUCAGAAUAAUAGUACAGAUAAUUAUUUAUUUAAGCUUUUAUUUAUUUCAUCACAUUCCCAGUGGGUCAGAAGUUUACAUACACUCAAUUAGUAUUUAGUAGCGUUGCCUUUAAAUUGUUUAACAUGGGUCAAACGUUUCGGAUAGCCUUGCACAAGCUUCCCACAAUAAGUUGGGUGAAUUUUAGCCCAUUCCUCCUGACAGAGCUGGUGUAACUGAGUCAGGUUUGUAGGCCUCCUUGCUCGCGCAUGCUUUUUCAGCUCUGCCCACAAAUUUUCUAUAGGAUUGAGGUCAGGGCUUUGUGAUGGCCAUUCCAAUACCUUGACAUUGUUGUCCUUAAGCCAUUUUGCCACAACUUUGGAAGUAUGCUUGGGGUCAUUGUCCAUUUGGAAGACCCAUUUGCAACCAAGCUUUAACUUUCUGACUGAUGUCUUGAGAUGUUGCUUCAAUAUAUCACAUAAUUUUCCUUCCCCUCAUGAUGCCAUCUAUUUUGUGAAGAGCACCAGUCCCUCCUGCAGCAAAGCACCCCCACAGCAUGAUUCUGCCACCCCGGUGCUUCACGGUUGGGAUGGUGUUCUUCGGCUUGCAAGCAUCCCCCUUUUUCCUCCAAACAUAACGAUGGUCAUUAUGGCCAAACAGUUCAAUUUUUGUUUCAUCAGACCAGAGGACAUUUCUCCAAAAAGUACGAUCUUUGUCCCCAUGUGCAGUUGCAAACCGUAGUCUGGCUUUUUUAUGGCGGUUUUGGAUCAGUCGCUUCUUCCUUGCUGAGCAGCCUUUCAGCGUUUGGAAUGAAGGAUGAACCAGACUUGUGGAGGUCUAGAAUUUGUUUUCUGAGGUCUUGGCUGAUUUCUUUUGAUUUUCCCAUGAUGUCAAGCAAAGAGGCACUGAGUUUGAAGGUAGGCCUUGAAAUACAUCCACAGGUACACCUCAAAUUGACUCAAAUUAUGUCAAUUAGCCUAUCAGAAGCUUCUAAAGCCAUGACAUAAUUUUCUGGAAUUUUCCAAGCUGUUUAAAGGCACAGUCAACUUAGUCUAUGUAAACUUCUGACCCACUGGAAUUGUGAUACAGUCUGUAAACAAUUGUUGGAAAAAUUACUUGUGUCAUGCACAAAGUAGAUGUCCUAACCGACUUGCCAAAAACUAUAAUUUGUUAAAAAGAAAUUUGUGGAGUGGUUGAAAAAGGAGUUUUAAUGACUCCAACCUAAGUGUAUGUAAACUUACGAUUUCAACUGUACAAACAUUGGCUGUAGUUGAAGGCAGUUCUUGGAUAUUUAGUUUCGUGUCGACAUUAAAAGCCUUAUUUUGUAACUGUUAUCAUUCUCAGUAACACUUAACAUUAAACUGUUCUUAUACCUGUGUAAUAAAACAAAUUUGAUUUGCAUGUUACAUAAUACUUUGGUAAUAUUGUAUUUUAAUUGCAUAGCAAUUAGCAGAGUUUUUGUAACUACUGUUACUAUAAGAGGAAUAGUGACUGUUCCUUAUCCCACUUAUGUAAUAACUCCCCUAUUAUGCAAUUAUAAAGCAAAGUCCUAAAUUGCAACAAUGUUGCUAUUGUAAUAAUCACAAGGUUACUACAGAUGUAUUACCUUAUGUCGCACUCAUUAUGAAAAUAUAUAUGUUAGUCAUUUUGAAGCUGCAAAAGUGGUCUACUCUAAUGUUGAGAUCAUUCCAUGUCCCUCACAUAUUUAAUUCCAGUCCUCCAAACCACGUGCUAAUAUUAUAUAUUUAGACUAAUUAAAUUAACUGUUAUAGUUUUUGGUUCUUCAUCAAAUACUUGGCAGCAAUCAAAUAAAUAUUAGUUGGCUUUCAAUUAACUUGCAUAUAUUCAAAUACCUUUAAUAUUCAAAAUACUUUCAAAUAUUAUUAGUUUUUUUUAGAUCUGUAUUUGAAUAUCAAAGAAAAGUAUUGCCUUUGAAAACGCUAUAUUUUAAACUCUAUAUUCGACUACCUAGAUAGAGUAUUUGAAAAGUUUGUAUUUUUAAAUAAACAACUUUCUGCCCAGGUCUGGUGUGUGUUUGUGUGCGUGCGUGUGUUGGAGUUAUAUAGCAUUUUUCUAAGCGUUUUAUGUUGGGUGCGUUCGUAAAUUUACUCUGGCUAUCUUCUCCGAUUUCAGAGCACUCUCGUCUGAGUGUGCCAGAGCGCAGAAUAACUGAUGAAUUUACGAACGCUCAACACCCGUUGAAUAUGGCCGGUGUCAGUAAACGUCAGCAAAAAAGCAUAAUUAAAUUGUUGCCAGCAGCACAGUUACAGUCACCAAUGCUCUGGAUAACAUGAAAACGCCCUAACCAGCUCUGCUAGGGUGAGUAAAAUGGUCAGUGAGAUUCUCUCUCAUUUGUGUCUGGAAGUAACUAGCAAGCUAGCCAAUGUUAGCCAAUUAGCUUGGGUGCUUGACUGCCGUUGUGAGGUCAGAAUGCUCGGAUCAACCCUCGGCCAGAGCGUCCAGUGUGCGCUCUGAACGCUCUAAGAGCGAAACGCUCUGAAUUUACGAAGAGACAAUCUGACAAUGCAUUCUGAGUGCACUCUGGCACUCCAGAUUGAAUUUACGAACACACCCAUUAUAAGAGGGAAACUCACCUGCCGUAGAUUACAAAUGAUUACUUUCAGACACUGGUCGGAUAUGUCAAACACUGUCUGAGGCAAUGUUCCCUCUAAGAUGGGCGCGCAGCUCCCCCGGGACUACUGCGCAGAAGAAAUAUCAUAUCAUAUUGAACUUCACCCAACUUUCUAGAGUUUCCCCCGUAAGAUAACACUACCAAUGUUUUCCUUUUACUGUUGUAAUUGCGAUCGAAUCAACGCAAUAUUAGCCACUUUAAAUGCAACAUACCGAAACAAAACAAACUAUCCAAGAGAUUUUGUUGUAGGGAGAGCGCAUCGGAUUGACAGGCAAGACUCAGGCCCGUACUCUAUACACAGACCGGUGCGCCAUAACCAAUCAGAGUUGCAGUAGGCCUAUAUGCAAAUAGACCAUUGCCAUAUAUGGAAAUAUGGAACCUGUGCCACUCACUUUGAACUGGACUGUGUUUACAGCAUGAGUGGUCGUUAGUAGAUACGCUUGUUUUGAGAUCAAAGCGAGAGCUACAUGUAGCCACCUGUGCAUAUUCGUUCAUAUCCUUUGCUAGUGAGUGAGUUAUUAGCCCAGUUAUAGAUCAUUUGUAGUCCGCAAUGGGGGAGUGAUUGCUUGAAAAAGCUAAGUAGCCAAUAUGCAGAGGAUAGCAUAAUUUGUCUGAUUCUCUGUAAUAAUGGUAUGGGAAUAAUGAUUUUAUUUUGUAAAGUGGUUUCUUGCAUCAAACACCACAACAACAUUUUCAGUCACCUCCGUGUCUGAAGGACAAGUGGAUAAACAGGUUAAUGUCAAGCCAUGCAUGUUUUUGUUUUUUCAAAAGUGUUAUGGAAUGUAGGACUACAUUGAACAACUCACAUUGGCUGCUACUGUAGGCUGAAUGAUAGAACAGUUAUUUCCAUGUUAAAAUGUUAUGGAAUACAUUUUCUCCAUUGUUUUUGACGAUACGGCACUGGUAGGCCAACAUUAUGAUCUAAUAGCCACAGUAGCCUACUUGACCACUGUUAACUGUAACUUAAAGUAUGUACAGCAGCCUCAGUGUUCACAGUAAACCCCCGCCGGAAGUUGCACAGAAUUUUCACAAUGUUCAAGUUUACGCUUAGCAGACCUGAAAUUUGCUCAGUGCCAAAACAUAUUUGAGGGAACAAUGGUCUGAGGUAUGCUUGAUUUAGCUUGGCCUUAGCUUUGCCCUUGUGGGACUAUUCCAUUGGCUACAUAGUACCAGACUAACUGUAUCAAUCACAGCUCAAGUGUUUGAAAGUAUUUUACAUACAUAUUUGAUCUAGAUCUAAUUUACUUUAUCCUCAAAGCUUAGAUACUGCUUCCUCAGGUGUUUGCUCUAUCCUACAAAAGAGCAAUUAAGCCUAAACUGUUCUCUUUUCCACCUUAAAAUUGAUUCCACCUUCAAUUUCUACUUGCCAGACUGUGUAACUAUGAUCCAUCCCCCUGUAGUAUGUCUUAGUUUCUUGGUGUCGUCCUAACCUCUGGACAGUCUGUAAAUGUUCCUUUGUCUGAAUGUCUGACUUUCUGUGUCGGUAAACCUGGCCUCCCUCUCUCUCUCUCUCCACAGCUACAUCGUAUUCAGCAUCUUCCCCACCAUCGCAGAUAUCAUCAUCUCCAUCAUCUACUUCAUCACCUACUUCAACGCCUGGUUCGGACUCAUCGUAUUCGUCUGCAUGUUCCUCUACCUCAGUGAGUACAAGGCCUCCUUUCCAGAACUAAUUCAGUUGUUUUUAUAAGAUAAUAGUAAUCUGAUCUGAGUCAAAUAUGUGAUGUAAUUUUCAAUUACUUGAGCUGCAACAAUGGAGUAGUUCCAAAAGUGUAAGCUAAAUCAACUCCAAACAAAAUCAAGCCUACUUGAAAGUAUGUGACGAACAGUAUGACCGAGGUCUGGUAAUAAUGUGGUCCUCUGUAGCUCAAUUGGUAGAGCACGGCGCUUGUAACGCCAAGGUAGUGGGUUCGAUCCCCGGGACCACCCAUACACAAAAAUGUAUGCACGCAUGACUGUAAGUCGCUUUGGAUAAAAGCGUCUGCUAAAUGGCAUAUUAUUAUUAUUAUUAUUAAUAACCAGGUGUUGGACCUGAAAAGAUUUCUCAUCAGUUUCGAACAGAACCCCUAUUUCUUUUGUUCCAGUGUUCUGACCAGAAAAUACAUUUCUGAACCUGUUUGAACCCCAGAAAAGUAACUGUUCAUAUAGUUCCUUUUCGUUCUUUUUUUAACCUGUGAAAUCAACGUUGUUUUUACAAAAUAGCUCAUUCAUUUACUUGACUCAUUAGCAUGGAUAGAGAGUUGAUUCUCAUGAAACCAGUUUUAAACAUGUCUGUAGCAAAUUGAGUUACAAAACCAUGAUGCUUCUGCAAAAAUCAACUAUCAUUCUAAGGUCUAAGUAAGAUGUCUUGUUUUUGGCAAAAUGUCUUAUUUUAAAUACAUUUUACAUUUUCGCCAGAAUUGUAUAGAUUUACACUCCAAAUUAAUUUAAAUUCUUGGGUCAUUUUAUACAAUUUUACUUUAGAAAAACCUAUGGCAUACUAGUUGAAGUUUACAUUAAACUAUAAUAUUUAUAACGUAAAAAAACAGUGUCUGUAGACAUGUCUCAUUGCCUAAACACUUUUUAAAGUUCCUGUAAAAACUCUGUUUUUAAAUAAAGUUGUAUUCACCCAUGAUGCAUCAUCUAGAGGAGUAGUUGAAGUUAAGUUAAUUUAUUCACUUAUAUACCUUCAGAAUGAGGUUAUUCUUCUCAAACACCCCCUUUACCCAACUUGGCCUUCUCAUUACCGUAAUGGCUAAAAAGCUCAAAUUGGGAAAACAUAUUUUUCUUUUUUUCUCUAUUUUAUAAUUUUAUUUUAGUGUUCAGUGUUAUGUUUAACUCCGGCCUUUUCAUUAUGGGAGCAAUGAUAAAUAAUAUUAGAAAUGUAUUUGUUUAUUACUUUUUUGAACUGUUGUGGUAAUGUGAAUUUUGUAGAAAUUGAGGUAGAAUGCAUAAUAUCUGAUAAAAAAACAUAUGAAUAAUUAUGAAAUAGAUAAGUACAGAUCCUAAUCUCAGUGAUCUAAGAGUACAUUUCAUGAAAAAUGACACUUGAGAAUUGUUUUUGUCAAAUGUCAGCUAGUAGUUUACAUUUAUGAUUGGUCAGAUUUACAUUACAGAUAAGUGCAGGCGUGAGAUGCGACGGAAAUUUCACCGGUGGGGAGAGUGCGAGAGAGAGGGGUGGACAUGGAGGGUGCUUUGCUUGAAUCGCUGAACAUCAUGACAUGACAUGAACUGGAAUGUGCUUAGGCUAUAGAGCCCAACAGUGGAGGUGUCAUAAUACCCAUAAACCUAGCGGUCAAACAGGGAAAUGGUUCCAAUUGUUUUUCCACCAUUCAUUUUUCCCAUAGGGAGUUUUAGAAACACUUAAAAUAAGGGCUGUGUUUCGUGUAGGCUUACCCUGGCGUGAUGUUUUGAUAACCAUGUAAAUCUCCCUCGGACAAGGUGACUUUUAUCAAUAUUAACAUGAAAUUGUAUUUGUCACAUGCGCCAAAAACAACAGGUAUAGACCUUACCGUGAAAUGCUUACUUACAUGCCCUUAACCAACAAGGCAGUUUUAAGAAAAUAAGAGUUAAGAAAAUAUUUACUAAAUAAACCUAAGUUUAAAAAAAAGCCAAUAUAUUCAGCUCUAUUGACUCUCAGAAUCGAAAAUGCUAAUUAGCAUCAAAGUAGACAUCAUACAAGACUACAAAUCCCUGCAAACUCCUGCAGGUCAUCUCUAGCUGACACCUUUGCUAACAGGUAUUGUGUACAUUUUAAAACUUACACAAGACAGUUCACAGAAUUGUCAGUUUUAAAGAAAUGUUGCCAAUUUAUUCAUUACUCAAUUUAGCUAACAUUAGAUAGUUAAUUCAGAGAUUCUUACCUUUGCUUCGAUUCAGCAGUCUCGUCCAGAUCAUGACAUUUGUAGUUCUUUAUGAUAGCCACAUUAGCAGUUAAUUAGCAAAAAAUAACAUUAUUAACCGGUUCUCAAGAUUAAAAAAGAACGGUUAUAUUCUGGAACACUAGAGAUCACUUUCGUUCCCAGUUCUGUUUCCGUUCUUCAUUUUUUGUUAUUUCGGUUUUUAGUUCUGUUCCCUGAACCGGUUCCAACCCCUGGUAAUAACAAUGUAAUAUUUCAUAAUGGUCCAUCAAUAUAUCGCUCCAGCCCUUACCAUCAUCAUCACGGAAUGGAGGACUAAGUACAGGCGAGACAUGAACACCCAGGACAACAACGCCAAGUCCAAGGCAGUGGACUCCCUGCUCAACUUUGAGACGGUACGGAGACGCUCCCAUUGACUUAUAACCUCAAUACUUGGGUCGUGUUCAUUAGGGCACACAGCGGAAAAUGUAUAGGUAGUCUCUCCCUGUUUAAGUACCUAAUGAACACGAUCGAGAAUCCCUACCUGGCACAUGAAGCUAUCCACAAACAUAUUACAUUUUGCAGCUUCAAAGUUGCUUCAUGACUGCGAUUGUGGCGUUUUUCCAACAGGUGAAGUACUACAACGCAGAAAAUUAUGAAGUGAACCGUUUUGAGGACGCCAUCCUGAAGUAUCAGGUAAUCUAGACCAUAGAUGCCAAACGCUGAAGAGUUGAGAAUGUAGAUCUGUGUAAAGUUACACCAGAGUGCUUGUUUUGUUUAUUCAGGGAGAUGUGUUUGACCAGCUGAGAUGCAUAGUUAGAGGUUCUCCAGACCCUCCCUCUGUACAUCUCUCUCUCUCUCCCCCUGCACAAGCAGAUCUGGGACCAGGCUAUAACUCUAUUGAUUGUAAUGUUGUAUUUGCGGUCUGUCCCCUCCCGUCCUAGAUCUCAGAAUGGAAGACCCAAGCCUCUCUGGCCUUCCUGAACCAGACCCAGAACCUGAUCAUCGGCUCAGGCCUACUGACAGGCUCACUGCUCUGUGCCUACUUUGUCCAGGAGGGCAAGUUUAAGGUACUGAGCUCAGAGUGCUUGCUGGCUUAAGGGUCGUUCCACCUCGAAAAGCGGAAGAAAGAGGAUUUUGACACCCACCAUCUCAGAUUGUGCUGAAACGAUUAGCAUUCCUGAAACAUUGUUUUGUUUAAAUAUAUUAUUUGAUCUCUGAUGAAUUAAGCUAAUUGAUUGCACCCAAAUUGACUAUUUUAAUUUAUAGUAUAAUCUUCAAUAAAUAUACUAACUACAGAAACGAUUUCAGAAAAAUCUGAGAUGGUGGGUGUCAUGGAUUGCAGAAAUGACAUGGAAUUACUCUUAAAGGGGAAGUUCAGUAUUUUACAAAUGAAUGUAACAUGGUUCCUCACCCUGACAAUAGUCUAUGAGCCAGGACAAACUGUAAUCCAUGGUUUGGUUUUCGUUAAGCAGACACUUUCAGGAUGAUAAACCAUUUAAAAGGGGAGUUCAGUAUUUUACAACUUCAUGUUAAGGGCCUAGACAAUGGUUAUUUGGACAAAUCAAGAUUUCGCAGGUUUUAGCAUCUUUCAAAUUUCAGAAGUGGAGUAGACAUUCGGCCCAUAACUUGCGAAGAGAGAGGGUGGAGCUCCUUGUUCCGCUUCUCGUUCUAGCAUUUGAUCUCUUCUCUUAACAUGUAUGAACCCAGAACUUCAAUCUCACGCCACUUUUCUCUGCUACGCAGUUUUUCAGCUCUGUCCUACAUUAGAUUAGAAAACUUUAUUGUACUCUAAUAAGGAAAUUAUUUGUGCAGCUUGCCUUGCAGACAAACAAAAUCAAUACAAAUGCAUAACACAGACGUAUUGCAUCACUACAAGGCCAUGCAGCCUUGCUAUGUUUUCAUGCUUGAAAACUGCAUGUUUGAAAAUGUUUUGCUAAAGAAAAUCCAAUAACAGUGAGUGAUAUUACAUGUUUUUCUUAAUAAUAAAUGUGGUGUAUGAAGUGUUAUUAUGAUACAUUUAACCAGGCUAGUUCCCUUUAUCCCCAGCUAGGAGACUUUAUCCUCUUUGGCACCUACAUCAUCCAGCUCUACACUCCUCUCAACUGGUUUGGAACCUACUACAGGUGAGAGUUGUUAUGGGCUGGGUUUCAAUUAUACUUCCUUACAUCCUUCCCUAGUCUCCUUUAUGUCAAUCACUUAUAGCUAAAUGGACUGUAUAUGUUUCCACCCUAUUGCUUCCACAUUGUCUUACUAGAUCAGGAAAGACACAAGCAAAUGAAGCUAGACUAUUGAGACAGAUCUAUGAAAGGCAUUGUUUAUAGUAUCAUGUAUUACAGUACCCAUAAUGCAAAACGGGCUCUGUAUAAUACAUACGACUUCUUCCUCCACAGAAUAAUCCAGAAGUCCUUCAUCGACAUGGAGAGCAUGUUUAAGCUCUUUGCCGAGGAAGAGGAGGUAAUUUUGAAAUUGGUUGUCGAUGACUAAUGUUGAUGAUGACCAACCUCUCGUGGGAAGAUUCUGCGUGUAAACCGAGAGAUUGGGAUGCGUAGGAUAACGAGCAGUAGUUGUUCCAGUGUUUGGUUUUUCGACACUGGUUAUUUGGACAAAUCACGAUUUCGCAGGUCUUAGCAUCUUUCGAAUUUCAGAAGUUGAGUAGACAUUCGGCCCGUAACUAACUCUAGCAUUUGAUCUCUUCUCUUAACAUGUAUGGACCCAGAACUUAAUCGAGCAGCUGACAAUUACGCGAGAGUCAAUGACCAGCAUUUUGGUGUCUGUCAGGAUUUAUUUGCACUGCAUUAUGGGAAAUCGUUUUUUAGUAAAAAAUAGAUUUACUUUUGAUUUCCCUUCAGGUGAAGGACGUGGUGAAUGCAGGGAACCUUCUCUAUAAACUGGGAAAAGUGGAGUUUGAGAAUGUGUACUUUAACUACAUUGACGGGUAAGUCCUGGCUUAGAUCUCUUAGAAUUAUUUUUAGGUCUUGUUUGGACUAAUGAUCCGGCACCUCUCAAUUUUGGACUGUUUAUAAUAAAAUCAAUCAGUUAAUUCAAUGUGCCUCCUCUGUAAUUCUCAUACCCCCUAAAAACUGUAAUGUGAAAACAUGCCUGAUAUUCUAAGAAUUGAUUUGUGUUGGUCCGGCCCAGGUUUAUGGUUUGCGCAACGUUAUAGACUGUAUAGACCAACGUGUGGCCAUUGCUGUGGUGUGUGUGUGUGUAUGUGUGUGUGUGUGAGUGAGGCGUGCAUGUAUCUCUCUCAGAACUAGAAUGAGAUUCACUUUCUAUGAUCUUUCUCCCUCGUCUGCUCUGAUAGACAUGAGCCUGCAACUCUCAUCUCUCCAGCGUUGCACUUCAUUUAUUUCCUUAUAGAACCAUAGCCCCGGGAAGGGUGCUGGAGGUGCCUCAGCACCCCAGAUAAAUGUAAAUACAUUUGCCAAAGUUAUAGAAUUACUGCUGUCUAUUCAGAGAUAAAUUAAAUAAUUCAGAAUACUAUACCAGGAGUAGGCCUAUAAUUUAGCCACAGGAUCAGUAGUUUAUAAUAAAAAAAAUGUGCCUAGCUGUGGAUUGUGUGUAGUCCAAUCACAAGGCAUGCCUGCAUCCGGGAACAGCAUGUAUGAAAACAUCGGUUGGAAAGAAAAUAGAUUCUACUGAAAAGAGAAGACUAACCUGUCUGUAGGCUACCAAAUACACUGCUCAAAAAAAUUAAGGGAACACUUAAACAACACAAUGUAACUCCAAGUCAAUCACACUUUUGUGAAAUCAAACUGUCCACUUAGGAAGCAACACUGAUUGACAAUAAAUUUCACAUGCUGUUGUGCAAAUGGAAUAGACAACAGGUGGAAAUUAUAGGCAAUUAGCAAGACACCCCCAAUAAAGGAGUGGUUCUGCAGGUGGUGACCACAGACCACUUCUCAGUUCCUAUGCUUCCUGGCUGAUGUUUUGGUCACUUUUGAAUGCUGGCGGUGCUUUCACUCUAGUGGUAGCAUGAGACGGAGUCUACAACCCACACAAGUGGCUCAGGUAGUGCAGCUCAUCCAGGAUGGCACAUCAAUGCGAGCUGUGGUAAGAAGGUUUGCUGUGUCUGUCAGCGUAGUGUCCAGAGCAUGGAGGCGCUACCAGGAGACAGGCCAGUACAUCAGGAGACGUGGAGGAAGCCGUAGGAGGGCAACAACCCAGCAGCAGGACUGCUACCUCCGCCUUUGUGCAAGGAGGAGCAGGAGGAGCACUGCCAGAGCCCUGCAAAAUGACCUCCAGCAGGCCACAAAUGUGCAUGUGUCUGCUCAAACGGUCAGAAACAGACUCCAUGAGGGUGGUAUGAGGGCCCGACGUCCACAGGUGGGGGUUGUGCUUACAGCCCAACACCGUGCAGGACGUUUGGCAUUUGCCAGAGAACACCAAGAUUGGCAAAUUCGCCACUGGCGCCCUGUGCUCUUCACAGAUGAAAGCAGGUUCACACUGAGCACAUGUGACAGACGUGACAUAGUCUGGAGACGCCGUGGAGAACGUUCUGCUGCCUGCAACAUCCUCCAGCAUGACCGGUUUGGCGGUGGGUCAGUCAUGGUGUGGGGUGGCAUUUCUUUGGGGGGCCACACAGCCCUCCAUGUGCUCGCCAGAGGUAGCCUGACUGCCAUUAGGUACCGAGAUGAGAUCCUCAGACCCCUUGUGAGACCAUAUGCUGGUGCGGUUGGCCCUGGGUUCCUCCUAAUGCAAGACAAUGCUAGACCUCAUGUGGCUGGAGUGUGUCAGCAGUUCCUGCAAGAGGAAGGCAUUGAUGCUAUGGACUGGCCCGCCCGUUCCCCAGACCUGAAUCCAAUUGAGCACAUCUGGGACAUCAUGUCUCGCUCCAUCCACCAACGCCACGUUGCACCACAGACUGUCCAGGAGUUGGCGGAUGCUUUAGUCCAGGUCUGGGAGGAGAUCCCUCAGGAGACCAUCCGCCACCUCAUCAGGAGCAUGCCCAGGCGUUGUAGGGAGGUCAUACAGGCACGUGGAGGCCACACACACUACUGAGCCUCAUUUUGACUUGUUUUAAGGACAUUACAUCAAAGUUGGAUCAGCCUGUAGUGUGGUUUUCCACUUUAAUUUUGAGUGUGACUCCAAAUCCAGACCUCCAUGGGUUGAUAAAUUUGAUUUCCAUUAAUACUUUUUGUGUGAAUUUGUUGUCAGCACAUUCAACUAUGUAAAUAAAAUAGUAUUUAAUAAGAUUAUUUCAUUCAUUCAGAUCUAGGAUGUGUUAUUUUAGUGUUCCCUUAAUUUUUUUGAGCAGUGUAUGUUAUGAACUUCCAAAUAGGCCUAUUGAGCGAACAGCAUUGUUUUACAAUAAAACAAGAGAGAGAGAGGCUUUUGGCACUAGCGCAUCGGCCAUCUCUGAUGAGUGAGCUGCGCAUCAUUGGGUGAGUCAGUGAAACUGGAAAGCGUUUUUAGGACUAUAAUUUCUUCAUAUUUUACAAUAUGUGUCUCUCCACACACCAGGGAAUCUUUUAAUUUAAGAAAUGUGUUCCCAAGUAUUCCCACGCAUAGUAGAGAGACACGUGAUCGUAUACAAACGCAAGGUUUGAAAUGAUUAUGUUUUAGUCAAACAUUAUGUCUGGUUGGGUUUCUUGCGGUCCAUUUGCAGUCUACAAAUGAUUUGUAAUUAUAUUCUGGCCCCACGACCAUCCGCUCAAGAAAAGAUCGGCCCGUGGCUGAAUCUAGUUGAUGAUCCCUGGCCUAGGCUAAUGAUGGAUUCAACACAAGGUCGUUUUUAUUGAUCUCAGAUUCUGUUUGUCAGUGUCAAAGUAGCCUGUCAUUUCGAUAAUUUGUGAGGUAUUAAAAAAGAUUCUGCUAAAGUCCCCAGUCAUCAAAAAUUAUGUAGAAUUGCAUGAAAUGCGUUUAUAAAACACAAAAUAAUUCCCAGACUUUAGGCUUUAAAAAAAAAAAUCCCAUGUGUGCAGCUUCUGCAAGCGGCUCUACUCUACUGCUCUACUGCUCUAUGCCAGCACGCAAAGCGAUGAUAUGCAUGCAAUGCUUUAUUAUAAAGGUGAUUUCUUUUUUCUUUCGUGUGUUCCGUCCUUCAGAGCCGCCCAGGUCACCCCCCCUCUCGGCUCACUUUUUGUUAAGGCACCUCCCAAUUUACAAAUGAACCACUGGCUAUACACAGAUAAUGAUUCAGAAACAGUUUGUUAAAUAAUCAUAGUCGUGGUUGUUCCAGUGUUCUCCUUUGAUUACGUUGUAUUUUUUGUGCUUCUGUGUUUUUUUAAGGAAGGAGAUUCUUAAGGACGUAUCAUUCACUGUGCAGCCAGGCCAUACUGUUGCAUUGGUAAGAUUGGAUUCCAAGCAUAACCCAGAGGUUAAAGAGCAACUGCCUUUAAAAAGCAACAAAUCCCUUUGAAAACGGCCUAUGUGGCAUCGAUAUGAGUCAGAAACAGUUACUCUAGUGUCAGAAUUGACUACAAAGUGUAAAUAAGAUACUAAAGAUAAUAAAGAUAAUUUUGGUCAUAAAGUCAGUCUCGUCUAAAAACAAUUUUCUCAACAGUCGUGAUGGUUUGGAUCUGUCGAUUGUUCUCGCUUCUCAACUGUGUGUGUUUGUGUGUGGACGUCCCUAGGUUGGCCAGUCAGGGUGCGGUAAGAGCACCAUCCUUCGCCUGCUCUUCCGUUUCUAUGACGUCCAGGGGGGAUGCAUCCGCAUCGAUGGCCAGGACAUCUCUAAGGUGAGUAAUUUGCCCAGUUGCAAGAAAAUAGUUCCCAGGCUAUCUGUCUUGUGAGCACAUGCUAUCUAUAACAUUUUGUUUUCAAUGCGUUUUGAGUUGGGGGUUUUACAAGUCCAGGUAGUGCCUCCCCGGUUCACCCUUUACUGCUUUAGUGUCUUCUGAGACUCUUCAUUUCUGGGUGCAGGUGAAGCAGGUGUCUCUGCGUGCCCACAUCGGCGUGGUGCCCCAGGACACGGUCCUCUUCAACGACAACAUCCGCGACAACAUCCGCUACGGGCGCGUCUCCGCCAGCGACCACGAAGUGGAGGAGGCGGCUAUCGCCGCAGACAUUCAUGAGAAGAUCCAGACGUUCCCAGAAGGUACGGAAAUACCACCGUCUCUUUUGACGGUUUCCUGGACACCGAUUAAGCCAGCAGCAUACCACCCUGCAUCCCACUGCUAGCUUGCCUCUGAAGCUAAGCAGGGUCGGUGCUGGUCGGUCCCUGGAUGGGAGAUCCAGUGGUGUUGGAGGGCCAGUAGGAGGCACUCUUUCCUCUGGUCUAAAAAAAGAUCCCAAUGCCCCAUGGCAGAGAUUGGGGACAUUGCCCUGUGUAGGGUACUGUCUUUCGGAUGGGUCGUUAAACGGAUGUCCUGACUCUCUGUGUUCACUAAAGAUCCCAUGGCACUUAUCAUAAGAGUUAAGGCUGUGCGAUAUUGCCAAAAAAUCAUAUCUAGAUGAUUUUCAAAUGUAUGGGUGAUUCACAAUAAAUACACUACAUGGCCAAAAGUAUGAAGACAUCCCUUCAAAUUAGUGGAUUCGGCUAUUUCAGCCACACCCGUUGCUGACAGGUGUAUAUAAUCGAGCACACAGCCAUGCAAUCUCCAUAGACAAACAUUGGCAGUAGAUUGGCCCGUACUGAAGAGCUCCGUGACUUUCAAUGUGGCAUCGUCAUAGGAUGCCACCUUUCCAACAAGUCAGUUGGUCAAAUGUCUGCCCUGCUAGAGCUGCGCCGGUCAACUGUAAGUGCUGUUAUUGUGAAGUGGAAACGUCUAGGAGCAACAAUGGCUCAGCCGCGAAGUGGUAGGCCACACAAGCUCACAAAACAUGACCGCCGAGUGAUGAAAGCACGUAGCGCGUAAAAAUCGUCUGUCCUCAGUUGCAUCACUCACUACUGAGUUCCAAACAGCUUCUGGAAGCAACGUCAGUACAAUAACUGUUCAUCGAGAGCUUCAUGAAUGGGUUUCCAUGGCUGAACAGCUACACACAAGCCUAAGAUCACCAUGCGCAAUGCCAAGCGUCGGCUGGUGGUGUAAAGCUUGCCGCCAUUGUACUCUAGAGCAGUGGAAACGCGUUCUCUGGAGUGAUGAAUCACGUCCGACGGACGAAUCUGGGUUUGGUGGAUUCCAGGAGACAGAGCCCUGACCUCAACCCCAUCGAACACCUUUGGGAUGAAUUGGAACGGCGAAUGCGAGCCAGGCUUAAUCCCCCAAAAAUCAGUGCCCGACCUCACUAAUGCUCUUGUGGCUGAAUGGAAGCAAGUCCCCGCAGCAAUGUUCCAACAUCUAGUGGAAAGCCUUCCCAGAAGAGUAGAGGCUGUUAUAGCAGCAAAGGGGGGACCAGCUCUAUAUUAAUGCCCAUGAUUUUGGAAUGGGAUGUUCGACGAGCAUCUAGUGUCUCAUUUUUUAUUUAUUUUUUCAUUUUAAGUUUUUCCAAAUAGGCGUAGUUGCAGAAUUAAAGCUCAAUACACUGCAUUUCAAACAGUCAGGAAUAAUGUAAUGAAUUACACCUAGGCUAAAUAUAAGCCUUCCACAACCAUAAGACCCACUAAUAAUUGUAUAAUUUUAUAAAAUUAAUUUAAACUGCUUUUUUUUUGUUGCAAUAAUCACUGAUCUGGCUUUCAAGUUUGUCUAUAAAAAUGCCCUUUUGUAACCAGAACCAAGCAAAAUGCACGUCCACUAAUAAUGACCGUUUUCUUGUAGCAGGCAUUAUAGAAAAUUAGCACAGGUCUCAUAAACAAUCUCUCAAGCACAUGCCUAUGUGCUAGUGAGUAGCCAGCAAAACCUUAUAUUUAAAGUCUAGCUAACUUGUAUCAAUUUGCUUUCUAACAACGUAGAACAGUUGAACUGUUCUGUAUACACCCUCCUACCUCCAACUGUUUGAACAACAUAGCCUAUUCACUUUGUUUAGAUAUUGAAACCAAGUGGCCUAACUGGAUGAGAAGAUGCUUAUUUCUCAGAAUGAGAACGAGUUGCCAAUUCAUUAUAUAAAUGCAUAUUUUUAUUCUCAUUGCACAUUUAUAAAACACAGAAUAGACCGCUAACACAUAAGUCUGUGGCUAAAAUGCUGCUAGUGGUACAAACUGAGCGACAAACUGAGCAUUCAUUUUGAUACUCUUGUUUUAGUAGGGUCUGCUCUAUUCUACAUUUUGGGAGUUGAGACAUAAAAAGGGUGUCAUUAGAAAGGUUAAGUUCUCGUGUAUUACCAUAAAAUAAUGUUUAAGCGUUUCGGUGUCCAUAUGACCGAUUCUGUUGGACCAAACUUCAAAUGCAAAUAGCAAGUUUAUAUUUUGUAUUUUGUUGUUGUGAGUGGAAGGGGGAGGGGGAGGGACUUGCUGUCUGUGGGAAGGUGUACACAACACAGAAGGCGCGAAGGACACGAGACCAAAAAGACAGCACACAUAAAAACCAGAAAUAAAUAAAAACCUUGAGUCUUGCGAUACAGGCAUUUGGAACAUCGUGCAAAAACAUAUCGAAUUAAUUUGAUAUAUUGCCCAGCCCUAGUAAGAGUAGGGGUGUUAACCCCGGUGUCCUGGCUAAAUUCCCAAUCUGGCCCUCAUAUCAUCAUGGCAAUUUAAUCAUCCCCAGCUUCCAAUUGGCCCAUUCUUGCCCCCCCUCAUCUCCCCUGUAACUAUUCCCCAGAUCGUUGCUGUAAAUAAGUAUGUGUUCUCAGUCAAUUUAUCUGGUAAGGGUUAAAUAAGCCUAGUCCUGGACAAAACAAAUAUUUCAAUAGAGAUUCUACAUUGAGUCCAGGACUAGGUUUAAUCUGUGUCUUGGAAACCAGCGCUGUAUGCUGCCAUUAUAAUUCUGGCUGUACUUAACCUGAAGUUGGUUUAUGGGUGUCAAUAUUGUUGUUUUAAGGGUUUGUGUAGGUGUUUGUAUUUACCAACCACAUUUGCUGAAGCAUUUACAUGCAAAUCUACAUUUCCUGAAACAAGUGGGGAGAUUUGCAGAGGUCACACAGUAGGUGCCAGGUGCAUUGUUACUGUAUGAGGUGAGUGACAUUUGUGUCUUUGUCUGUGUCUGUCCCCCUCCCAGGAUAUGACACCCAGGUGGGCGAGAGGGGUCUGAAGCUGAGUGGGGGGGAGAAGCAAAGGGUGGCUAUCGCCCGGACUAUCCUCAAGGCCCCUCAGAUCAUCCUGCUGGAUGAGGUAAACUUUCAGGAAGGGCCACCAGGAGGGUCAAUGACCCUGUUCAAAUAGGUGUAGGGUGAAGCUGCCACUAGACCAGGGAUAGGCAACUCCAGUCCUUGGGGGCCGGAGUUGUCACACUUUUCCCCCCAUCCCUAGAAAACACAGCUUAUUUAAAGUACUUCUAAACUGAAGGUCAUGAUUAGUUGAUUAUUGGAGUCAGGUGUGUUAGCUGGGGGUGGGGCAAAAGUGUGACACCAAUCAGGCCCUCGAGGACUGGAGUUUCCCAUCCUUGCCCUAGACACUGAUCUUGAGUCAGUUUAGCAUUUUUUCUUAUUUUUUUGGUUAAGUUUAGAAUUGGGGAGGGGAAGCUGGUCCUAGAUCUUUACCUAGGGGAAACUUCACCCCAGAGCAUUCAAAUACUUUAAACACACACACUUCCUCCCUCCUCUCCUUGAAGUUAUCGCUAAGCUUACACAAAUUGAUAGGUGAACGCAACGGCUCUAUCACUUAGCUUACACCAUUCCAGCCAUGUCAGAUCAGAUAUUUCUUCAAGGACGAGAGGAAGCAAGGAUGCAUUCUUAACGUAUUCAAAGAGGGCCAAUGUUUGCCCCCACACCACUGAUCCCCCUGUCAUAUUGUGUUACAGUGGAUUAAUACAAGUUCACUGAACUUCAAUAUUUUAGUCAUGUGACCUAUCUCAUAAAGCUUUCCCUCUGCACAGGCCACAUCUGCUCUAGACACACAGACCGAGCGCAACAUUCAGGCAUCGCUCACCAGAGUGUGCUCCAAUCGGACCACCAUCGUCGUGGCUCACAGGUAAAGGAUGAGUCUCAGGUGGACCAAAAUGCAUGUAUAGAGGGAAUCCAUACAUUAGGAUCAGUGGAGGCUGCUGAGGGGAGGACGGUUCAUAAUAAUGGCUGGAACGGAGGGAAUGGAAUGGCGUCAAACACAUGGAAACCUUGUGUUUUGACGUAUUGGAGACCAUUCCACUCCAACCAUUACCACGAGCCCGUCCUCCCCAAUUAAGAUGCCACCAACCUCCUGUGAUUAGGACACACACAUUUCUCCCCUCUAAUCCUACAUUUAUAUGGUUUGGAUCUGUCUGGUCUGAUUGUGAAUUGUCUGUCUUCAGGUUGUCGACCAUCAUCGGUGCCGACCAGAUUCUUGUUCUAAGUGACGGUCAGAUUGCAGAGCGAGGACGGUGAGUGAAUGGUUGAAAGAGUGAUUGUUCUAUUGUUGCACACUCCACAAGCCUAUUCCAAUCAAAAUAUUGUUUUAUGCUCUUCAAGAAACAAAUAGCUAAAGAAUGUAUGUAAACAUCAAGAAUGGGACAGGCCAAUGUUUAUGAUACUUCGCACACUAUAGUCCUAUUCUCAAAACCAUAUAGUGCCCAUGUGGGUACAUCUUGGCAUAGUACAUGAUCAUGAUGGUAAUGGUGAUUGUGUGUCCCCAUUGUUAAUACAUAUUCUCCACUUUCUCCCUCCCAGGCAUGAUGAGCUGCUGGCUAAGGGAGGGUUGUACUGUGACAUGUGGAUGAAGCAGCAACAGGCCCAGGACUCGGACUCAGCCUCUGACACAGAAGCCAAAGACAGGAAGUCUGAGAAACUACAGCCCCCAUCAGCCACUGAAGGCCACUGA